AUGGAUGACUGCGUGGUAUACAGCAAAACCUUUGAAGACCAUGUGUCCGACCUGCAAGAGGUUUUCACCCGGUUCGCUGAAACCAACCUGAAGUUCAAACCCAAGAAGUGCUUCUUCUGCGGUGCCGUUACUUACCUAGGCCAUAUCGUUAGCGACCAAGGUAUAUCCCCUGAUCCGGAGAAGAUGGCAGCAGUCUCAAAGUUCCCGACUCCGCGAAACCUGACCGAGCUUCAGUCGUUCUUAGGACUGACUUCAUACUUUCAAAAGUUCAUCCCCAAUCACAACUGUACUAGCAGUCUCCUGCCAGACUCUUCAGGUGGACCGGUCAAUAUAUCUGCAGAGCAGCAAAACGACGGAUUUCGCAAGCAAAUUACGGAUAUUCUGGAGAUGAGAUCGGGAACCAAAAAGCAGCAAAAGAGGAUAGGAAAUCGCUUCGUUAUCUUCGACGGGGUACUGUACAAGAAGGAGUGCAAGGUCACGCAACAACGUUUCCUUCUGUGCCUGCCCGAAACGCAACAGCUCAGGGUUCUCGAGGAGUACCACGCACGAAAGUUUGGUGGCCACAUGGGUAUACGCAGAACAUUCGAAAGAAUUCACGAACGGUACUUUUGGCCGAAUAUGUACCGCCACGUCAAACGCUAUGUCAAGGGAUGUGACCCCUGUCAGCGGAUGAAGUCCGCGAGAGCUCCCUAUGGGUUGUUACAGCCGGUGCAAGCUGAAGCAACGUUUCACACGGUGGGUAUCGACAUCAUCGGACCGUUCCCUUCUUCACGGAGAUACAAGUAUGUGAUCGUAGCUAUCGACUACCUCACAAAGUACGUCGAGGCUAAGCCUGUUACCAACAUAGAAGCCUCAACGAUUCAGGCUUUCAUUGAGUCCAGGCUCAUCCUCAAGCACGGGUGUCCUUCGUCCAUUAUCACGGACCGCGGCACACAGAUGAUGGCGAAGUCGUCGGAGAAGUACCUCGAGCACGGAGGCAUCCACCACUCCGCAACUACAGCAUAUCAUCCUGCUGCGAAUGGACUUGUGGAAAGAGCCAACACUUUUGACAGCUACCGGGGAAAAGUGGCCGGACGUUCGCGAAAACCUUGCAAAAGCGCGUCAGCUUGCAGGGAGCACAUAAAACUAGCGCAAGAAAAACAGAAGCGCCUUUUCGACAAACGUCGGAUCGACAUAUCUUUUGAGAAAGAUCAACUCGUGCUACUCAAGACACCGCCA